UGUUUGCUUUCUUCUACCGUCGAGUCUUUAAUUAACAUCAUGUCGUCGUCGACUGCCAUUCCUGGCGUGGAGCAUCGCGAUCCUCAGUAUUUCGGUUAUUAUGCCAUGCUUCAACACCAGCAAAACAUGCUGCAAGAUAAUGUACGCACGUCCACUUAUCGUUCCGCCAUCCUGUUGAAUGCGCCCAAAUCGUUUCAAAGCAAAACGGUCAUGGACGUAGGCGCUGGAUCGGGCAUUCUCUCGUAUUUCGCGGUUCAAGCUGGUGCCGACAAGGUAUAUGCCGUGGAAGCUUCGGGGAUGGCCAAGAAGAUGCAAAAACUGGUCAAAGCGGCGGGAGAAAAUGGAAAAAAUCAGUUCUUGAAGGAUAAAAUUGAAGUGAUUAAUGCCAAGAUUGAAGAUCCCGAUUUGCCGAUCCCAAAAGUCGAUACCAUCGUUUCUGAGCCUAUUGGUGUAUUGCUUUUCCAUGAACGCAUGUUGGAAAGUUACAUCUAUGCUCGCGAUCAUUACCUGAAGCCCGGAGGUGCUCUUUAUCCUUCGCACGGAGGUAUUUAUUUGGCCCCUUUCACUGAUGCUACCUUGUGGAGCGAAACCAUGGCCAAGGCCCGUUUCUGGGAUCAGCCAUCGUUCUACGGAGUCGAUCUUUCGGCUUUAUAUAAGGAUGCUCGAGAUGAGAUGUUUGGUAUGCCUGUAGUGGGACACUUUGAUCCUCGCAGUUUGAUUACCACACCUACUUUCCUUGACCGAUAUGACGUCAAUUUUUCUACCAUCACUACAAAAGAAAUGCAAGAUAUAACCAUCCCAUUCAAAUGGACAGCCAAUUACACUGGAUUGAUGCAUGGUGUAGCUGGUUGGUUCGAUCUGACGUUUGCGCCACCACCGUAUGACCAGCCGAACCCCGAGGCGGCUGGCACCACGAUCGAAAUGUCGACGGGACCGGCGGCGGAUCGUACUCAUUGGCAACAAGUGCGUUUCUUAUUCAAGGAACCUUUGGCCGUAAAUGCCACACAGGUGAUCGAAGGAUGGAUGCGAUGCAUUGUCAACGAUAUGCGAAGUUACACCAUCUACGUGGAAGUAACGUUGGACAGCACCCAAUUGAGCGACCCUGCCAAAAUGGAUAAAGAGCAGUUCUUGAUAGCCAAUCAUCCGCUGAGACGACGUGGGGUGUGGGAGCUACAUGAACAGACGUAUAAUUACAGCUUCAAUCCCGGCUACAUGCCAGAACAUCAACCGGAAUACUCAUGCCUCUAUCAAACCGAAGAACAGAUAGACGCAGCCACAAAGAACAGUUCCGCCGAUACCAAAUCGUUUGAUGCUAUGUAUAGUUAUGACGAAUUUGUAAAUUGAGGAUCAUCAAUACGAGCAAACAAAAAUGCCAAGGCACAAGACAAGGAAAACUAUGCGCACAAGGAUAGUAUAUUUAUAGCAGUCAUUGCAUAUACAAACAAUUGAUUAAACAGCAAGCUCAUGUGAAACCCACUUU